AUGACUAAAUACUUUACGUUAGAAAUAAACUAACAACCCUUUUAAAGCAAUAUUACCUAAAUAUAAAAAAUACUGAUUCCUAAUAAUUAUCAUGGAACAUGUGAAGGUGAGAGGACUUGUAUAGCCGAUAGCUUUCAGAUAAUUUAAGGAAGUUUGCUGGACGAAAUAAACGGUUCUAGCUUUGUGGAUGCGGUCAAUUAUUCUUAAAAAUGCCUAUUGGAAGUUAUUUUUUCUACUCAAAGAGGAAUAAUUUAGAAGUCGAUUUAAGUAGCAUUACUAGAUUCUAGAUCCCAUCUAAUUUCGAAAAGAUUUAUGCUGAUGUUUAUUUCGUGA